AAGAACCACAUUUUCACUACAGGAUUUUCCCAUCCUCAAAAACUCUCUUCUUCCUCCGGUGAAGAAUUUUUGUGCGAAAAAUAAUUUUAAGAAGAAAGCAGUCUUCUAUGAAGCACUAAAACGAUUAUAUUAUUCAGGUAAGACUUUUGAGGUAAGACUUUUGACUGUAAAAUUUAUGAUAUAAUUCGUGCUUUUAACAUGUGAUUACUACUGAAAAAAUACUAUUGAGAAUCCUAAAGAACUAUAUUUUCUUGAUUGAUUUUUCCUUAAGCCAUCAAUUGAGAAGUUGCAAAAGAUGACUACUCACGGAGCUCAUUGCUUAAUCUUGCCAUAUCCAAGCCAAGGUCACAUAAACCCCAUGCUUCAAUUCUCCAAACGUUUACAAUCCAAAGGUGUCAAAAUCACAAUAGCAACCACAAAAUCCUUCUUGAAAACAAUGCAAGAAUUGACAACUUCGGUGUCAAUUGAGGCAAUCUCCGAUGGCUAUGAUGAUGGUGGCCGCGAUCAAGCAGGAUCUUUCAUAACAAGAUUCAAAGAAGUUGGCUCGGAUACUCUAGCUCAACUUAUUAAAAAAUUAGCAAAUAGUGGGUGGCCAGUAAAUUGCAUAGUUUAUGAUCCAUUCCUUCCUUGGGCAGUUGAAGUUGCAAAGGAUUUUGGAUUAGUUAGUGCUGCUUUUUUCACACAAAAUUGUGCAGUGGAUAACAUUUAUUACCAUGUACAUAAAGGGGUUCUAAAACUUCCACCUACUCAAGAUGAUGAAGAAAUAUUAAUUCCUGGAUUUUUAUGUCCAAUUGAGAGUUCAGAUGUACCUAGUUUUGUUAUUAGCCCUGAAGCAGCAAGAAUACUUGAUAUGCUGGUGAAUCAAUUCUCAAAUCUUGACAAAGUGGAUUGGGUACUAAUCAACAGCUUCUAUGAGUUGGAGAAAGAGCUAAGAGAUUCAAUCUAUCUUUUGUCUCUUCUGUUUCUUUGUCUCUUCUAUUUAGAAGUUAAUUUGUUGUCUGUACAUAUGUUCCUUAAUGUUCUCAGCCUGAUAAGGGGCUUUUUUUUUUCCUAGUGACUCGAACUCACAACCUUUGAUUUACAGGUACAGUCGAACCCAAUAGCUUUGUUCACCCUAUUUGUCUUCAAAAUUCAGUGUACAUGUAUAAAAUAAUUAAUUUAGAAUUCAGUAAUUAAAAAAAUUAGAAUCUAGAACCCAUUCUGACUAGAUUCACACAAGCAGUCAGAGAUAUACUCCAUUGGAUUCCAAAUAUUAGUCCUUUUGACUAAUUGAAUAAUUAUUAUAAAUAAGGUUAUAUAUUAAGCAUCUUUCUUAAAAAGUGUGCAAAAAUCUUAAACAAAUAUUGAGAUCGUACUACUAAGAGGUUUUAUUUGUUGCUAUAAAAAGUUGCACAAUCUUUAAAUGGUCACGGCGGAACUUUUGAUCCCUUGCAUA